GCUUGUAGUUGUGUUCUAGUAGUCCCCCACCCCCCCGAAGUGACGUAUUAUAUGAUGUGACACUGGGACGGGCUUAAUCUAUCAUCUACCAGUAUUGCCAUUCGCAGGAGGGUUAAACUAGGUCGAUUGGUUGGUAGGCGGGUGGUAAGGGUAGUUGAUCCAUCAGUGGAUCUUCUGGGCCACCGCAUUCCUUACAAUGGGUGGUUGUGCUCGGGUAGGAGUUGGAGGACUGGUAGUCAGGGAUAAGUCAGUUUCCCUUGUUAGUCUAGCGUUUGAAGUGAAAAGGAUGUUGAUGUCGCUCCCUGCCACUAGUGAUGGCCGUGGUGCCGAGUCGUUUCCUUGUCCCAGCUACGCCGUAGUCUAAUGUGUUACUCUGGGCUAACUCAAUCCGCUUCACCUACUCUACUCGAGGGGGCGAUUGUAUAAUAAAUUUUAAAAAAUUGCAGUGACAUCCUCAGCUCCCGAUGGUGAAGGGCAGCUCACCCAUUCUACUGUCUGUUGAUUUGUCCUUAUAAAUCCAUCUUGGCACACUUCCCCAACUUCUGUUCCUCUGGCUGCCGCAAGGGCGAAACGCAUGGAAGUCUAAGCUCUCGAUAGACCGCCCCCCAACCCCCAUCGUUUCCAAAGUACGGUAGCGUACCGGUAGGGUAACGCAACACGCAACCUGCAAUGGAGCCUCAGAACCCCCCAACCCAACUUUCUCAACACCCACUCUUUAGAUUUCCAUACUCGAUUAUGAUAUACAUUUCUUGAUUGCCAGAGAACGAGGAGAGAUUCCGUAUCAUACCACCGUCCAUUACAACUAGCAGCAAUGUUAUCUCGCAGAUUGACUUCGCACCAUCUGCGCCCGCGGGCAUCGCAGCUCGCGCAAUUAAUUUCGAACGCGUGCUCGAGUAGUAUAUCUGGUGUUCGUGCUCGGGCGAAGGUACUCGAAUAUGUUCGGGAGAGGGGUGGAAAUACAACAUAUGAAGCCGCGAUGGCACUGAUCGAGUGUGUCGCUUCAGGCGGUGAUGUUGCCGUUCAGGCUGUUGAGCUCCUCCGCUACUGCUCCUACUCCGACGUUCCAUUCUUAGCAACCCUCUCACAGCCUCCGCUUCUGCAACCACUUUUGAUCCUCCUUGAGGAGCGAGCUCUACACGCGUGCCUAGUCGAACUCUUCGCAACUCUUGAAGCUGCUGGCAUAGGACUUCCGUACCUUUCCACGGUUAGGAAAGUAUGCAAUAACCUCCGUGCUAAGGGAUACGAGCUUUCGGGUGUUCUUUACAUGAAAAUGUAUUCAAAAUCCGAACUCCGACGCCGCCAGGAACUAGCUUACUCCGCACGAUUACAAGCAUGUCUGCGCCGUGGCUCGAAAGAAGACCUCAGAGAAGCGAACGGGUUGGUUAAGAUCCUUGCAGGAGAUCCUGAAGUUGGGGGAUUGCAGCAAGAGGGGGAGGAGAUGCUCGUGUGGAAGGAGAUGAUUGCCGGUGUCCGGGAGCAGGUUUCCACAUUGGGGGGAGCACUAGAAGGGAAGGUUAAGAGAGAGGUUAGGUACGACGGGUUUGUGAAUAAACUUGCUCAUCUGUUACAGGCCGAGAGGAGGAAGAUUGAUGAAAUCGAGGCGGACGGGAAUUUGACUGAGAGCCUGCGAGCAGUUAGGAGGGAGAUUGAGGAGGUAUUGCAAAAGCAUAGAGAUCUUGUAGUUGGCGGGGAGAGGCGGGUCGUAGAGGGGGUUUUGGUUGCAGUUUAG